CCGCUACGGCUUGGCUCUGUUCCAAGGAAGAGAUGGCGACUGUGGCUUGGCUGCUGGGACGGCGCGCGACGAGCUGGAGGCUGCAGACGCCGCUGUCCCCGCUGGUCUGCCUGGUUUCCCAGCGGGCGCACUCACUGUUGCCGGUGGACGAUGCGAUCAACGGGCUAAACGAGGAACAGAAGCAGCUUCGUCAGACCAUGGCUAAGUUCCUUCAGGAGCAUCUAGCCCCCCAGGCCCAGGAGAUUGAUCGAAGCAAUGAAUUCAAGAACCUUCGAGAGUUUUGGAAGCAGCUGGGGAACCUGGGAGUCCUGGGCAUCACAGCCCCUGUCCAGUAUGGUGGCUCUGGCCUGGGCUACCUGGAGCAUGUGCUGGUGAUGGAGGAGAUAUCCCGAGCUUCUGGAGCGGUGGGACUCAGUUAUGGUGCUCACUCCAACCUCUGCAUCAAUCAAAUUGUUCGCAAUGGAAAUGAGGCCCAGAAGGAGAAGUACCUCCCCAAGCUGAUCAGUGGCGAAUACAUCGGAGCCCUGGCCAUGAGUGAGCCCAAUGCUGGCUCUGAUGUUGUCUCCAUGAAGCUAAAAGCAGAAAAGAAAGGAGAUCACUACAUCCUGAAUGGCAACAAGUUCUGGAUCACCAAUGGCCCCGAUGCCGAUGUCCUUAUUGUCUAUGCCAAGACAGAUCUGGCUGCUGUACCAGCUUCUCGGGGCAUCACAGCCUUCAUCGUGGAGAAGAGUAUGCCUGGCUUCAGCACCUCCAAGAAGCUGGACAAGCUGGGGAUGAGGGGCUCUAACACCUGUGAACUAGUCUUUGAAGACUGCAAGGUUCCCGCUGAAAACAUCCUGGGCCAUCUAAGUAAAGGCGUCUAUGUGCUGAUGAGUGGGCUGGACCUGGAGCGGCUGGUGCUGGCUGGUGGACCCCUGGGGCUCAUGCAGGCUGUCCUGGACCACACCAUCCCCUAUCUGCACGCUAGGGAAGCCUUUGGCCAGAAGAUCGGCCACUUCCAGCUGAUGCAGGGGAAGAUGGCCGACAUGUACACCCGCCUUAUGGCAUGUCGGCAGUACGUCUACAAUGUCGCCAAGGCCUGCGAUGAGGGCCACUGCACCGCCAAGGACUGCGCAGGUGUGAUUCUUUACUCAGCUGAGUGCGCCACACAGGUGGCCCUGGAUGGCAUUCAGUGUUUCGGUGGCAAUGGCUACAUCAACGACUUUCCCAUGGGCCGCCUUCUGCGAGAUGCCAAGCUGUAUGAGAUUGGAGCUGGGACCAGUGAGGUCAGGCGACUGGUCAUUGGCAGAGCCUUCAAUGCAGACUUCCACUAACCCCAACACCUUCACCCUUCUUCCCAGCACCUAGAGGCCUUUUUUUGGAAGCAGAGGUGUGGCAAGUCCUUCUGCUUAGCUGCCAAGCACUGUGGGCCUCAGAGCCAGACCAGCCAGCCAGCCCGCCAGCCCAGAAAAAAAGCAUUCUGUGGCUUAAAAUGGACACGACAGGAAGCACAGUGGCUUUUCUGGGGUUAUUGGGAUGGGCUUUGGUGAUCCUGUGCAUUUGCUCUCUGACUUCCAAGCCUGAUGCACCCACCUUCCAGGGUAGGCAGUCACCUCUUUUUCUUGGAUGAGCAUCUAGCAGGGAGCCCCCUGCUCAUCUGCUUGAACUUGGUAUCCUCUUCCAGGGGGAACCCCCCAGCCCCCUCCCCCCCCAGAGAAACCCCUAGCCUUUAUUUUUGCCAAUUUCUAGAGGCAUCAGUCCCCAGCAGCUUGUGAGCAGGCUCCCACUCAGCACAGCCCCUGCAUCCCUCCAAGGGCUUCCUUCUGUAAGGCUGACACCCCACCAUUUUGGGGUGGAGUUCUGGAACUGGGCAUCUCAAAACACAUGUGCCACCCAGAGGCUGCAGUGGGGCAGAGGUUGGCAUGCAUGUAAAGGAUUGGCUUGGCACUGGCCUCUGGCAGCACCUCUGAGCCCUUCAGCACUGCUGCGCCACCACUACCCCCAGUCCUGGCCACAGGACAGCCCACAGCUGACAGGGCAACGGGCCUGCGUUGGCUGGCUCCACUCCAGCCAAGGCUGCCUGCGUGCAUUUCUCUGGACACCCUAUGGCUAAUUUUGCUACAACUGCACAGCGGCUGCUGCCAUUUUGUAUUAAACAUAUCAUGAAGCAGACCCGUCUGCUGCUACACUGGUGUUUGGGAGAGAAGCAGUUGACUUGCUACCACGUCCUGUCUGGCUCCAGCCGUGUCCUUAGUGGCUGGUCCACGUCCUGCUCCUGCCCUUCAGUCUCCUCACGGGUGAAAGGGGGAUGUGGGUGGAGUUGGAGCUUAGGAGAGAAGAGGUCCUAGCUUCCCUUUUCCAAAUCCCCAGGGAUUUUUUAAAGGAAGUUGGAAGCCCGGAGUGGUAAGAGACUUAGAGCUAGAAGAAAGCUCAUAAAUUUGGGGGGAAGCCAUCCCCGUGUUUUUUUAAAAGAUCAAGACAGUUAGAUUUUUCCAAGGUCAGAGCUGGAGCCCGAAUCCAGAGCAGUAGAAAUGGGGAUUCUGGAAAUGCCCUCUUGGGGCCCCACUGCGCAGCUUCGUGGAUGCAGCUUAGAGAGGACCAGGUUUGGGUCGUUCCAUCCCAUUUGCGUUCUCUGAAGAGAGGACUGGUUUUCUUGGCUCUCAGCCCAGCGAUGCCUCUUCUGACUUGGGUCCUGGCCUGUGGCCAAGUGCUAUUCCAUACCCACCCCAGCCCAGCUGCAACCUGAGGCGGGAAAGACCCAGGGCUUGCUGGCACUGACCUUUCACUUCUCCGCUCUGCCUCCUGCUAUUUGAUGAAUGUGGCUAAAAUGGUCUUGCUGGGUUUUAGGUGUAGUUAGAACAACCGGCCUGGUGACGUUCAGAAUGGGCUGUUUCGUCCAGCCAAGGUGGGUUACAAGGUCUGCCACCUACUUAGGGGAAAUUGAUUGUUCUCCUGAUGCUAUAUGUGAAAAAGAUGGGUUUUCAAAUAAAGCCAAAAAAAAAAAAA